AUAGUAGUAUCCUGACCCUCGCGGAAGGGCUCGCUCCACUGUAGUUAUUAAUUCUCCUCUCCACACAACCAGGUCUAAUCCGGCCAAAGUCUUCAAUUCUUAAGCUAAGAAAAAAGGAAAAUACAUGUAAACUCUGUUUUGCGAUAGACAAGAAAACAGAAGAAUCAAAAAUCGUCCUUCCAGGGGCGCAACAGAACCCUCCAAUCGCGCGGUCCUGUCACGUGACCACACCCACCGCACCAGACUCGUGACCUUCUGAGCCGGCUUCCGCGCAGGCGCAGUAGAUCUCUCUUGCGCCACUCCAGACAUGGCGGCUCCGCUAGGGGGUAUGUUUUCUGGGCAGCCCCCUGGGCCCCCUCAGGCCCCGCCGGGCCUUCCGGGCCAAGCUUCGCUUCUUCAGGCAGCUCCAGGCGCUCCUAGACCUUCCAGCAGCACUUUGGUGGACGAGUUGGAGUCAUCUUUCGAGGCUUGCUUUGCGUCUCUGGUGAGUCAGGACUAUGUCAAUGGCACCGAUCAGGAAGAAAUUCGAACCGGUGUUGAUCAGUGUAUCCAGAAGUUUCUGGAUAUUGCAAGACAGACAGAAUGUUUUUUCUUACAAAAAAGAUUGCAGUUAUCUGUCCAGAAACCAGAGCAAGUUAUCAAAGAGGAUGUGUCGGAACUAAGGAAUGAAUUACAGCGGAAAGAUGCGCUAGUCCAAAAGCACUUGACAAAGCUGAGGCAUUGGCAGCAGGUGCUGGAGGACAUCAACGUGCAGCACAAAAAGCCCGCCGACAUCCCUCAGGGCUCCUUGGCCUACCUGGAGCAGGCAUCUGCCAACAUCCCUGCACCUCUGAAGCCAACGUGAGCAAAGGGCAGAGGCAGUUGGCCUGUGAGUGGGCUGGUGCAUGAGGUUGGCCACACAUCCCUUCCUGUGGACUUGACAUUUUGGAAGAACUCUUUUCCAGAUAAUGAGUUCAUUUUAGUUUUAUGCUCCCAUUGAAAAAUUUUCCACUAUUUUUAUAAGCUGUUAAUUUCUUGAGUACUUUAUAACAUGUCUGUAGCUUGGAUAAACCAAGUAAGUAUUUUUUUUUUUUUUUGUCUUUAGCAAAGUUUAGACUGUGAAUGUGAUGACACAGAUUCUUUUUUAUGGUAGCUUUGCUUGUUUUUAAAUUUUUGCAUGACUUUUCAUCUUUUUAUGUGUGUUUCCUGUAGUUUGAUCCGAAGGAAAAGAGUAUAGUAGCCUGAGAAUCAGGAGAUGGGAGUUUUAGUCGUAGGCCUUAUGAUAAUUACCCCUCAGUGGUGUGCAGAAAAGUAUGUAAAUUUGCUCUGUUUUAAGACUUUGAACUACCUCAAGAAGAGGAAUCUAAUACAAUAUUUGUAAUGUUUCCAGAGCUCUCAGAAUGAGGAUUUUUUUGUAAAUAGGUUGGAAGAGGACGGAACUGUCCUGGGUUAGUGUAGUAAUCUUACAGUAGGAUCCUUAGGUUGAUGCUGACUUCUAUUUGGGGUAUGUUUAUAUUUUAUGUGGUGUUUGUUUGCUUUUUUUUUUUUUUGACAGAAAAGGAUAUAGUGGGAGCAGUGAUACGCUAACAUUCAUUACAUUAUGCAGUAAUGAAUCUGUUUAAUGGGGCAGACACUGUUUUCAGUAGCAUGACAGUGGGGGCAUAGGAGAGCUAUGAGGGGCUAAAUCUUGCUCUGAUUGUCUCUUUCUGUUUUGAGUUUUGUUUGUGUGUAUCAUUUUUGUUUUACAUUUUGGGAGGGGAAACAUUUUCCCUUAAGUAAGGUUGUUGCCAGUGGAUUUGACUCCAAGGGACUAGAGUGUCGUGGUGGGGGUGAGGAGGGGCUGCAGGGUGAUCAUUGGCUACUGAGCCUCCACAAAGAGUAUGUGGCGCCCUGCCUUUGGGAGGAUAUUUUGCUCUCGUUAGUUUUGUAGGCAGCCUCAGAUUCCCUGUUGAGUUGCUGUUAAGAAAUGGAGAUUUCUGGCUCUCAUUGGGUAAGGUUUUCUGAGUUUUAUGGUCUCUUAUUAGAUCACAUCCGUUUACCCAGAACAAAUGCUUCACUGUCUUCUGAUUGGCAGUACUCCUGUGGUUCUGUGCCUUGACUCAUUUUGUUUUCUUCAGCCUUGAAGGCCCCUUGCCACAUGGACUGACAUCCACUCAUGUGCCUGGUCCCUGAAGCCUCCCAGCACCUAUUCAGUUGCAUCCCCAGGGCACAGUACUUUGAUCUCUUCUGCUGCCCUUGCUAGGUUCUCCCUGGUGGGUUAGUGCUUUGUAUCUGUCUCUCUGCCCCUCACUAAUUGUACACCCAUGAGAAUUAGACAUUCUUCUUAAAUAUAUAAGGACCAUAUAGUCUGUUUCUUUUUGUUGUGUGUGUAUAUGGUAUCUGGCACAUGGAUCUCUGAUUACCAGCCUGACAUCAACAAAUCCCCUCAGUUACGAUGUAUAGGUUAAACAAAGCCUUUAAAAGGUCAUAUGGUAUGACCUCAAGGUUGCUAACCUGGUCAUCUCAUGGUAAUUAGAAACUCUGAUUGGCAGCUUUGUAUUUCUUGAUUAAAAACCUAAGUAAACUGAUUAGGUUUUAGGCAUUCUUUCAAAGAGGUUCUUGAGAAGAUUGAGAACUAUCCUAUUUGGUGCUUAGUGAAAAGAUUUUGAAUUACUGUACGUACCAGGUAUUGCCAUUUCUUUAUUAAAUUCAGAAGUUUUUUUGCCAAAUAA